CCCGCUCGCCCUCGCGCGCUCGGAAGGGAGUCGCGAGACGUCGGAGCGGCGGCCACGUAGCGCUGCGGCGGCGGCGGCGGCGGCGGUGGCCGAGGCCGGGUCUGCGGAGCGGCCCUGAGUACAGACGUUGGGCGGGGGGGAGGGGCCGGCCCGGCCGGCGGUUGUUACUCGAGCACCGCGGCUACAGGCCCCCCGCCGCAGGAUGGACCGCCGAGGCGGCGGUCGGGGCGGCGGAGGCGGAGGCGGCCGGCCCGGAGAGAGAGGAAAGGAGAGAGAGAAACAUCGAUGCGAGAGAGAAGCAUGACGGGUUGCCUCCCUCACGCACCUGGACCAGGGUUCGAACCUGCAACCUGGGUGUGUGCCCUGACCGGGAAUCGAACCUGCAACCUUUUGGUUAUGGGACGAUGCUCCAACCAACUGAGCUACACCGGCCAGGGCAGAAGAUAAGAUGCUCCAAGCCACCCGCAGCUGUCUUCAAAAGGAAAAUCACUAGUGCUCUGCUCUCGCCGUAACACCAAGCCUUUUCACUUGCGCUUUGGUGCUGCAGCACUGGAAGGAUUGCUCGCAGUCUGAACUGCUUAACAGAUUGGGCCACUUACCAAUGAGCCACACAGCCAGCCCCUGCCAGGAGCUGGCCGAGAACUGCGCUGCGCAUGCAGCAGGAAUGGCACAGGAGGACGGCUGUCGUGGUCAAGUGCCGUCUGCCUUUUAUCAUGGUGCCAGCCAGGAACUCGACCUGUCCACCAAAGUGUACAAGAGGGAGUCAGGAAGUCCUUACUCUGCGUUAGUGGAUGCCAAGAUGAGCAAACCGCACCUGCACGACACCGAGGAACAGCCCUAUUUCAGGGAGACAAGGGCCGUGUCUGACGCGCACGCCGUCAAAGAAGACCGGGAGAACUCUGAUGACACCGAAGAGGAGGAGGAGGAAGUCUCUUACAAAAGGGAGCAGAUCAUAGUGGAGGUAAACCUUAAUAAUCAAACAUUAAAUGUGUCUAAAGGGGAAAAGGGUGUCUCUUCUCAGUCCAAAGAGACUCCUGCUCUUAAGACAAGCAGUGAGGAGGAAGAGGAAGAGAGUGAGGAAGAGCCCACAGACGACAGCAGUGACUACGGCGAGAACGAGAGGCAGAAGAAAAAGGAGAAGACGGCGGAGAAGGUCAGCGUCGCCCAGAGGAGGACGCGGAGGGCGGCCUCUGUAGCCGCAGCCGCCGCUUCCCCCACUCCCCGAGCUACGAGAGGCCGUAGGAAGAGCGUAGAGCCACCUAAGCGUAAGAAGCGGGCUGCAAAGGAGCCCAAAGCACCAGUCCAGAAAGCUAAGUGUGAAGAGAAAGAGACUCUGACCUGUGAGAAGUGCCCCAGGGUGUUUAAUACUCGCUGGUACCUGGAAAAGCACAUGAACGUUACUCACAGGCGCAUGCAGAUUUGCGAUAAGUGUGGCAAGAAGUUUGUCCUGGAGAGUGAGCUGUCCCUUCACCAGCAAACAGACUGUGAAAAAAACAUUCAGUGUGUUUCCUGUAACAAAUCAUUCAAGAAACUCUGGUCCCUUCAUGAACACAUCAAGAUCGUCCACGGAUAUGCAGAGAAGAAAUUCUCCUGUGAGAUCUGCGAGAAGAAAUUCUACACCAUGGCUCACGUGCGGAAACACAUGGUCGCACACACAAAAGACAUGCCUUUUACAUGUGAAACCUGUGGAAAGUCAUUCAAACGCAGCAUGUCCCUCAAGGUGCACUCCUUGCAGCAUUCUGGAGAGAAGCCCUUCAGAUGUGAGAACUGUGACGAGAGGUUCCAGUACAAGUACCAGCUCCGCUCCCACAUGAGCAUCCACAUUGGGCACAAGCAGUUCAUGUGCCAGUGGUGCGGCAAGGACUUCAACAUGAAGCAGUACUUCGACGAGCACAUGAAGACGCACACUGGAGAGAAACCCUUUAUCUGUGAAAUCUGUGGCAAGAGCUUCACCAGCCGCCCCAACAUGAAGCGGCACCGCCGCACGCACACCGGCGAGAAGCCCUACCCGUGCGACGUGUGCGGCCAGCGGUUCCGCUUCUCCAACAUGCUCAAGGCCCACAAGGAGAAGUGCUUCCGGGUCACCAGCCCCGUGAACGUGCCGCCCGCCGUCCAGCUCCCACUCACGACCUCCCCCGCCGCCCCGGUGCCGUCCGCAGUGAACACCCCCACCACCCCCGCCCCCGCGAUGAACAUGAACCCCGUGAGCACUCUCCCCCCGCGGCCCAUCCCCCACCCCUUCUCGCACCUGCACAUCCACCCGCACCCCCAUCACCCGCACCACCUGCCCAUCCCCCCCGUGCCUCACCUGCCCCCGCCCCCGGCGCUCUUUAAGAGCGAGCCCUUAAACCACAGAGGCCAGGGCGAGGACAGCUUUCUGCGGCACCUGGCAGAGAAGAACAGUCCGGCACAGCAUCACUAACGGCCGUCUCCUCACGUGCGUUCUCCGCGAGCCGGGCGCCCACAUGCGAGCGCGCAGAGGGAGCUGGUGAGCGUGUCUGUGGCCGGCAGCCCCUCCGUGGCCUCCACCAGGAGCUCUGCCGCCGCCCCGGGGAAUCAGCACCCCCCCCCCCGGGGCGGGCGAGACCACCCCGAGCUCAUGGAGGGGACUGCCACCUAAACCAGGGGAACCACCAAACCGAAGCCCAAUUUGCUUGCAUUUUCUGGUGACUUUUAUAAAUUUCAAGUACUCAGACUUGUGGAAUUUUAUAAUUUCAUAUCAGCCGAUGAGGUAUGCUUGCUUUUAUAUCCUGGACUUCUCCUCAAAGAGGGGACAGGCCUGGUUUCCUUUGUACUAAUCGGGAAGGCUGUGAGGUUAGCCCAGAGCAUUAAUUGUAUCACUGUGUAUCGUAAUGAAUUCUUUUCAGCUUUCGGUGCUCGCCCCGGAGCCGAGCUCGCCACGUCUCACCGCAUAUCAAGCAUUAUCGAGAAAGCUGGAAGUUUUCUCCUUUGUGUAGCUCUCCUAACGCACUCUUUAUUUUACUACAGAAAUUAUUUUAGAGUUUUUGUAUAGACUUCUUUAGUAGUCUGUUUCUAAAAUGAAAUGUAUUUCAAUAAGCGGUGUAAUUUUUUCAGUGUAGCUGGACCUAUGUUGUAAACUAGAAAAAAAAUUUUUUAUAAUCAUCAAAAUGUGAUUCUUAAAGAUGCAUAUAACUUCUAUAGUUCAAAGUUAUUCUUACACCCGUACAACUCAAAGGUGCUGCAGAGAUUAGGAGUGCGUGCGAGAGGGUCUCCGGACCAGGUCACUCGAGAGCGAGGUUCGGCUCGCAGAUCUCCGCGUCAGUCCUGGGCGGUUUUUUAAUCUCUGCCUAACACUCAAGUGUCCUCCGGGCUCCCCGACACGCUCCCGGCCUCUGUGUCUCGUGUU